ACCCUACAAACAUUACAUUGCUACAUCUUUCUAGUUCGGUUUAUCAACCGUAACAGAUGCCUAUAACUGCAGCUGGAAUAACUACGUUUCCACAGAGAUUACGACUAAUUAGGUCACAACAAAUGCACCAAAUUAAACGUGGGAUGAGGGCGUUUAUUUCAGGGAGAGACGAAAUAUGGAGGAACGACGAGGGGGAGGAAGAGGAGGAAAUAAAGAAAGGGUCGACGUGGUGGAUGCCACAUCCUCGAACAGGAAUAUAUUUUCCAGUAGGACAAGAACGAGUAAUGGAUGAUAUACCAAAUGGUGCAGCCUCUCUUCCUCAGACUUAUUGGCUUAGGAGUGAAGAUGGUGUUGACAAACCUGAUCCUGAUUUUCCCAUUGCCCCUCACUUUACUAAUUAUAGGCAUCGCUAUUGAUUUAAGGCCAAAAGAAACUAGCUUGUUAGAUAGAGAGGAAAUCUCCUUAGAUUUCUUAUCUUCUAAAAAUGAUCAGUUCUUACUACUACUAAAUACUACUUCAUAAGAUAUAUAUAAGUGACAAAAUAAUGUAUUAUUA